AUGGCGGGGUGGAUUGGAUGGGUGUUUACCUUUGUCUUACAGACCAUCCCAAGCGUAUUGUACUGGGUUAUUACCUUUUCGACCAUCACGCUGCCCACAUGGCUCUUUACGCUCUUUUCCAUGAGCCUGACGUUCACUAUGAACUUCACCACCCUAAUGUUGAUAGUGCUCGCCCUGGUAUCGACCGUCAGCUGGUUCAUUCGCUAUCGGUUCCUGAACAUGUACAGCCGCCUGCCGCCAGAGCCCCAGCGCAAAGAACCCGAGAUCGACUUGUUCCCCGAUAUCCAAGAAGGCGACUCCAAACCCGGUCUUGCGAAUUACCUAGAUGAAUUCCUCAGCGCUAUCAAAGUCUUCGGAUACCUCGAGCGACCCGUGUUCCACGAGCUGACCCGGACAAUGCAGACAAGGAAGCUAAUCGCGGGAGAGACACUCAUGCUGGAAGAAGAGAAGGGAUUCUGCUUGGUUGUGGAUGGAAUGGUUCAGAUCUUCGUGAAAUCAACGCGACCAGCAAAGCCCGGUUCGCAAGAGAACCUGUAUAUGGACGACGUGACGUCGGACGAGGAGGAUCACCAUGUCCAUGGCCGACAGGGUUACCAGCUCCUCACAGAGGUCAAGAACGGCGCGUCUAUGUCGUCACUGUUCUCCAUUCUCCAGCUGUUUACCGAAGAUAUCGAGCUUCGCAACUCGCAAAGCCAUAAUUCUAUGGUAUCGACCCCUACCCGAGGCAACACCCCUGUUCCCGAUGCCUUCCCUUUCAGCCCUACCACUGGGAUUGUCGAAAGCCCCAGGUCUACAGUGCGAGACACCGGGGAUGUGACCUCUCCACUCCACGGUCCGAUUGAUACGCUACCACCGGUGCCUCCGCUGAAUCUCGGAGAAAGUCGUGCCAUUCCUAAGCAGAUCCCCGACCAAGGCCCAAAGCAAGAGCACAAGGCCAAGAAGAAGCGCCGCAAGUCGGUCCAUCCAGACAUUGUGGCCCGGGCCACGGUGGACACAACCAUCGCUAUCAUCCCAGCGAGCGCAUUCCGCCGGCUCACACGAGUUUACCCACGGGCGACAUCGCACAUUGUCCAGGUUAUUCUGACCCGUCUCCAGCGGGUCACAUUUGCUACAGCACAUUCAUACCUCGGCCUGACCACUGAUGUCCUGGACAUUGAACGUCAAAUGGGCAAAUUUACCACUUGGGACCUUCCCAAUAACCUCCGAGGAAGCGCCCUGGAUCGUUUGAAGGAUAAAUUCACUAGAGAGCGGGAUAGGUUGGGGCCCGAGGAAGUCGGCAAAGGAAUCGCUCUCCACAAUCCACAUGUUGGCCGCAGACGGUCAAGCAGUACUCUCAGAAAGGAGGCCGUCUUGCAAGCCAAGGUCUCCAACGAACGCCCUAUUGCGUCUUUAACGCCAAUAAGAUCGCCACUGGCAUUUUCUGACAGGGACUCCGCGGGUGUGAGUCCUGGAGAUCUUUUAUCGACCAUUCAACUUUCUCGGUUCGGACCGCGAUAUGACCAUCUGGCACAACGCUUCCAAACCCCUCUCACCGAGAGAGAGCAGCCCCAAUUUCUCCCUGGUCCUAUGCGGCCUUCGACGUUCCAGCGCAAAGACUCAAUUGACGAAGACGGUUUGUUCCGUGAAUCGAUUUUGGAUUGCAUCAUGAAGGGCAUUGGACUGACGGAAAGUACGCGCGAUACCAUGCGCAAGGGUACUCACUCCGGUGAUGCGUCGCCGAGACUUCUUUCCUAUGACUCUCGUCGCCAGAAGGCUGUGUUUUCCAAUGCAUUUGGCUUUAUUGAUCCAUAUGAAGCGUCUGGAGACGGCGAAAGUGAAUCCAUGAUGUCCAUGUCAGUUACAAGCGCGGGAGGAACUUCACCUGUCAUCAACCUUCGGGAGGAGCUUCGCCACGAUAUCGAGGUGGUCUAUUUCCCACAAGGCUCAGUUCUGGUAGAGCAGGGUGAGCGUCACCCUGGUCUCUACUAUGUGAUCGACGGUUUCUUGGAUGUGGGUAUCCCCAUGGACGAGCGCGAUGAUGUCCUGAUUGGCACCUCCCACGGAUACGCCUCCCAGGCGCAAGAAGAGCUCUUUCCCAACUUGAGACGCACUACCACAGGAUCGUCGCGAGCCUCUGGUGCAACAGGCGGCAAUGACUCUCGACGGAAGGGACAGUCUCGGAAAUCGCUGUACCUGAUUAAGCCUGGUGGUAUACAGGGAUAUGUUGGUGCUCUUGCAUCAUACCGCUCCUACACGGACGUUGUAGCCAAGACAGAUGUCUAUGUGGGAUUCCUUCCCCGUGCUUCGCUCGAGAGAAUCGCAGACAGACACCCUACCGCCCUACUGACCCUGGCGAAGCGGCUUACCAGACUUCUGCCGCGCUUGCUGCUCCACAUUGAUUUCGCACUUGAGUGGGUGCAGGUCAGCGCAGGAGAGGUCAUCUACCACCAAGGGGACGAAAGUGAUGCCAUUUAUCUUGUUCUGAAUGGCCGUCUCAGGUCUGUGCUGGAAGGCGCAAAUGGCAAGAUGACGGUCAUUGGCGAACAUGGUCAGGGUGAGAGUGUCGGUGAACUCGAGGUUAUGACCGAGUCUACCAGACCGUCUACCUUGCACGCUAUUCGGGAAACCGAAUUAGCCAAGUUCCCCCGAUCUCUGUUCAACAGCCUUGCGCAGGAGCAUCCGGGAAUCACAAUUCAGGUAUCUAAGCUCAUUGCCCAGCGGAUGCGUGACUUGGUCGAGCACCCACUGUCUGAGAAGGGUAUGGAACAAGGACAUACUGCUGGUGUCCAGACUGCUACCUCAACAAUGAACCUCCGCACGGUGGCUAUUCUCCCUGUAAUGGCUGGUGUCCCCGUCGUUGAAUUUGGCAACCGGCUUCUCCAGGCUUUGCACCAAAUUGGUGUGACCCGUGGCGUGACAUCCCUCAACCAAGCUGCGAUUCUGAAUCACCUGGGACGCCAUGCCUUCAGCAAAAUGGGCAAGCUCAAACUAUCGCAAUAUCUGGCUGAUCUUGAAGAGAAGUAUGGAAUGGUGCUCUACAUCGCUGACACCAAUGUAAACGCACCAUGGACUCAAACCUGCAUCGCGCAAGCCGACUCCAUCCUUUUGGUGGGCCUUGCAGAGUCCUCUCCGACCAUCGGUGAAUACGAACGGUUCCUACUGGGCAUGAAAACCACAGCUCGCAAAGAACUGGUGCUUUUGCACGCGGAGCGGUACUGCUCACCUGGUCUGACGCGAAAAUGGCUCAAGAACCGCGUCUGGAUCAAUGGUGGCCAUCACCACAUCCAAAUGGCGUUCCACUCAACCAACGAACCAUCGCACCCUCCAACCAAAAAGUUCGGCACUGUGCUCAAGCAGCGCGUCCAGAUUCUGCAAGCCGAGAUCCAGAAGUACACUUCUCGUCGUGCUCAGCAGACGCCGCUCUACUCCCCACAAACCCCAUUCAAGGGCGACUUCCAUCGUCUAGCUCGUCGUCUGUGCGGCAAGUCCGUUGGUCUUGUGUUAGGAGGAGGAGGAGCACGUGGUAUCUCGCAGGUCGGCGUGAUCAAGGCACUUGAGGAGGCCGGAAUCCCAAUUGACAUCAUCGGUGGCACGUCGAUCGGCUCUUUCAUUGGAGCUCUGUACGCGCGUGAUGCUGAUGUUGUGCCCAUGUACGGACGAGCAAAGAAGUUCUCCGGCCGCAUGGGUAGUAUGUGGCGGUUUGCACUGGACCUGACCUACCCCACUGUGUCGUACACAACAGGACAUGAGUUCAAUCGUGGAAUCUUCAAGACCUUCGGAGAUAGCCAGAUUGAAGAUUUCUGGUUGGAAUUCUACUGCAACACAACCAACAUCAGUCGAUCCCGCAUUGAGUACCAUUCCUCCGGCUAUGUCUGGCGGUAUGUCCGGGCGUCAAUGUCACUGGCCGGUCUCAUCCCUCCAAUUUGCGAUGAAGGCAGUAUGCUCCUGGACGGUGGCUACAUUGAUAAUCUGACUGUGGCACACAUGAAGAGUCUCGGUGCAGACGUCAUUUUCGCAGUUGACGUCGGAUCAAUCGACGAUACCACUCCCCAGGGCUAUGGAGACUCGCUUUCAGGCUUCUGGUCAAUGCUCAACCGGUGGAAUCCCUUCUCAUCGCUUCCAAACCCACCAACGCUCUCCGAAAUCCAAGCUCGACUGGCCUACGUCUCAUCUAUCGACAAUCUCGAGCGCGCCAAGAACAUGCCUGGAUGUCUGUACAUGCGCCCGCCCAUCGAUCCAUAUGGGACUCUGGACUUUGGCAAGUUUGACGAAAUCUACCAGGUCGGUUAUAAGUUCGGCAAAGAGUACCUCGACACCUUGAGAAACGAAGGCUCGCUCCCUAUUCCCGAGGAAACAGAGGAAAAGCGCAAAUUGCAGCGGACUAUGGCGCCUCGCCGUGCCAGUAUCUGA